UGUCCGCCGCGCGCGGGGAGGGGGGAAGCACUUCGAUUUGACGCAUUAACGUAUGGGCUGUCAGUGCGAGUUGGGGGGAGGUAAACAAGAUGGCGACAACCUGAGUGUCAAGAGUAACACGAACAGUUAGAAAAAUUAAUUGAUAUCUUGUUGGACCCAAGAGACACAUUUGCUUCCUUUCGGACGGACACGCAAAGGGGACAUGAGACCUGCAAUGGAAACAAGAUUCACACGGAUAUAGGCACCGGGCAGUAGGCGCCGUGGUGGGAUAGGGGACACCUGAGCACGGUGGCUCAGUCGACCUCCAGGAGCGGGCUGACGGCAGAGAUUUGACUGAUACUGCUGCUUGCAUUUGGCUGUAUUUCUGUGCUUGGAUACAGUCCAGCUGUGCACACUUUGUGUGUCCUGAAGAAAACUAUGCAGCAUAAGCCUUUGACAAAAUGCUGUGCUGCAUGGCCUUGAAGCAGGACUGGUUGCCUUUACCCAAGACUGUAUGGUAUUAAAUUCAUAUACAGAGGUACAGCAUUUCAGAAUCAGUUUUCUCAUUUCUGUUCAACUGCACUUGUCGCAGGUAUAGUACAUAAUGCACUGUAUAAAGCAUUAAUUCGGCACGAGAUCCAACAGGUUCUUCAUGUCUAUCAGAACCUCUUAAAGAGCCCUAAUGUUUACAAAUUUGGAUCGAUUCCCCACCCCUGUCAGCUCUCAGGCCUGAUCCCUCCCUCUCCCAUGUUCAUUACUUUGUAAGUCAUCUGUAUUCCAUCUUGUGGAAUUCAAAGACUCGACUCAGCGCUGAAAGGCUAUCUGUGGAAUACUGUCCAGCUAUUUGCAAAUAUAUUUUGCACUGUAUGCUUAAACUGUGACUGCAGAAGUAUCAGUUAUGAGUACCGGGGAGCUGCAUCAUCUUGACUAUGAAAAUGAACUGAUGGAGAUGGAUACUUUCAUCCACCGCUUUGACUCUACAGAGGUGAUCUACCAGCCACGGAGGAAGAGGGCAAAGCUGAUAGGAAAGUACUUGAUGGGGGAUCUGCUAGGGGAGGGAUCUUAUGGCAAGGUAAAAGAGAUGCUGGACUCAGAGACACUUUGUCGCAGGGCUGUCAAGAUACUGAAGAAGAAGAAGCUGAGGAGAAUUCCCAAUGGAGAAGCCAAUGUGAAAAAGGAGAUUCAGCUGCUAAGAAGACUCCAACACAAGAAUGUGAUUCAGUUGGUGGAUGUCCUCUACAAUGAAGAGAAGCAGAAAAUGUAUAUGGUGAUGGAGUAUUGUGUUUGUGGGAUGCAAGAAAUGCUGGACAGCGUCCCAGAGAAAAGGUUUCCAGUAUUUCAAGCUCACGGGUACUUUUGCCAACUCUUAGAUGGCCUUGAAUAUUUGCACAGCCAGGGAAUAGUUCACAAAGACAUUAAACCAGGGAAUCUGUUGCUGACUACAGACGGGGCACUUAAAAUCUCCGACCUUGGAGUAGCAGAGGCCCUUCACCCAUUUGCAGAAGAUGACACGUGUCGUACCAGUCAGGGCUCUCCGGCCUUCCAGCCUCCAGAGAUCGCCAACGGACUGGACACCUUUUCAGGGUUUAAAGUAGACAUUUGGUCUGCUGGAGUAACACUAUACAACAUUACAACAAGUCUGUAUCCAUUUGAGGGUGACAACAUCUAUAAGCUAUUUGAAAACAUUGGAAAAGGAGACUACACUAUUCCCGAGGAGUGUGGACCACUCCUGUCGGACCUGCUGCGAGGGAUGCUUGAGUAUGACCCUGUGAAGAGGUUUUCCAUACAGAACAUAAGGCAACACAACUGGGUGCGUAAGAAACACCCACCGUCUGAGCCCCCUGUGCCCAUCCCCGCCAGUGCAGAGAGCAGGGACCCUUGGCGUAGUAUGACAGUGGUGCCCUACCUGGAGGAUCUGCACGGUUACACAGAGGAGGAGGAUGAUGAGCUCUAUGAUGGAGAGGAUGAGAUCAUUUACACUCAGGACUUCACUGUGCCAGGACAAGUGGCUGAAGAAGACGGAGUUCAUGGGACUGCAGACCACAGUCCUGCUGUAGCCAAGCCAGUUUGUGUGAACGGAACAGAUGGGGGGUCUCUGAACAGCAAGGCCAAAGCAGAACGCCAAUCAUCCUCCUCAUCCAAUCCCUCACGCAAAGGAGUCUCCACAGCCAGCAAGAUCCGCAAGCUCUCCACCUGCAAACAACAAUGCUCCCCCCCCCACCCUUGCUCAGCAACAGCCCACCUGGUUUCCCUGCCCCCAUCUUUCCGUUUGGAGUCCUCACAGCUGGGAGCGAAACCUGCUGACGUUAAUGCCAUACCUCCCAUACCUCGAUGGACCACUGGCCUGCAGAGUCUUUUGAUGAUGCUGUAUGUGUGAAGGGGAGGAGGAGGAGGACAGCAUGGAAUGUUCUUUUUGCUCUGAGACUGAAGUAUUUCUCCCUCCACCCUGUCAACCUGUUUGGAGUGUUGCACCGGACAUUACAAACACCAUCACCCCUGUACCCCACCCGUCUCCCCUCUCUCACCCUACCAUCUGGUUUUUUUUGUUGUUGUUUUUUUUUUUUUUUUGUUAGUUUGUUUUUUGACU